AGAAGGCGGAGCCGCCUUGGAGGCUGUGGCCCGGAUGUCAGGGCGCUGCGGCCGGGGUGGCUGAUUUCGGAGCUUCCUCAAGGAAACCUGCAAACGGCCAAUGGCUGUCGAUAUUCAACCAGCAUGCCUUGGACUUUACUGUGGGAAGACCCUAUUAUUUAAAAAUGACUCAACUGAAGUAUACGGAGAAUGUGGGGUAUGUCCACGAGGACAGAGAACAAAUGCACAGAAAUAUUGCCAGCCUUGCACAGAGUCUCCAGAGCUUUAUGAUUGGCUCUAUCUUGGAUUUAUGGCUAUGCUUCCUCUUGUUUUACACUGGUUCUUCAUUGAAUGGUACUCGGGGAAGAAGAGUUCCAGUGCCCUUUUCCAGCACAUCACUGCGUUAUUUGAAUGCAGCAUGGCAGCUAUUAUCACCUUACUUGUGAGCGAUCCGGUUGGUGUUCUUUCUAUCCGUUCAUGUCGGGUACUGAUGCUUUCUGACUGGUACACGAUGCUUUACAACCCAAGUCCCGAUUACGUUACCACGGUGCACUGUACUCAUGAAGCCGUCUACCCGCUAUACACCAUCGUCUUUAUCUAUUAUGCGUUCUGCUUGGUAUUGAUGAUGCUGCUCCGACCCCUCCUGGUAAAGAAGAUCGCCUGUGGGCUAGGAAAGUCCGAUCGAUUUAAAAGUAUUUAUGCUGCACUUUACUUCUUCCCGAUUUUAACUGUGCUUCAGGCAGUUGGCGGAGGCCUCUUAUAUUAUGCCUUCCCAUACAUUAUAUUAGUAUUAUCGUUGGUUACCUUGGCUGUGUACAUGUCGGCUUCUGAAAUAGAGAAUUGCUAUGAUCUUCUGGUGAGAAAGAAAAGACUUAUUGUUCUCUUCAGCCACUGGUUACUUCAUGCCUACGGAAUAAUAUCCAUUUCCAGAGUGGAUAAACUCGAGCAAGAUUUGCCCCUUUUGGCUUUGGUGCCCACACCGGCUCUUUUUUACUUGUUCACCGCAAAGUUCACUGAACCGUCACGGAUACUCUCCGAAGGAGCCAAUGGACAUUGACUGUAAGAGCCAGAAAGCCCAAAAAGUGUUCUUAGUAAAAAAUGUAUUAUACUCUCUGUUGUACGUGGAAACAAGAUUGGGUUGGUUUGUUUUCUGACUUAACAGGCUUUGGGGUUAGACUUGGAGAAUACAGACUAGUCUCUUCUGUGGUGGACACACGACAAACUGGUUAGGAAGCACUUGCCUCCUGCAGUGAUACUGUUAUUCUGUAGAGUAAAAUCAUGUUUCUGGAAUAAUCUGAAAUCUUUAGCAUUGGCCUAAUUUUGCAUGUAUUUGUUUUUUAAGUGUAAUUAUAAGGACAAACAUACCUUGUUGGUCUGAAAGCAAACAUGGAAGUGAAAUACGUUGUCUGUUAACUAUUUAUUUUUACCAGCACAGUAUUUUGAUUGUAAAAAUAGAGCAUAAUUUAUAUAAAACAGGUGUUUUGUUUAUAGGUGGUUUUGUUGAAGACAUCUUCUGGUUGUUUCUGUUAAGAAAAACAAUAAAAUGCUUAACUACCCAAAAAACCCCUCAGAUGUUCUGACCUUUAAUUGUAUUUUGCCACACUAAUUGUGGAAAUAAUUCAAACUAAUUCGUAAGAGGAAUAUUCCUUUCCCAAAUGAAUAAAUACAUUUUAUUCACAUAGUCCCUUCUUCGGUCUCCUUUUUAAAGGAUCUAUAUACCAUAUUUUAUUGAUCCUGAAACUUUUCUCACGUGAUAAAUUUAAGAGGGCAUCAAUUCUGAGAUAACAAUAUACAGAAUAUAUACAAUACAUAGUUUUCCUGUGGUUAGUUGUUGAAAGAUAUGCUGUGAAUUUUCUGCUCUGAAGCCUGUAGGAGACUGGUGGAACCAUGGACUCAAGGUUAGCACUUAACCUAAUAUUCUGACCAUGUUUAUCCAUUUGUAUUGUUUAGAAGGUUAUUUACCGAUUCUGCUAUUCAGUGGGGGUUAUGCAGGUUUGUUAAUCUCACACUUAAGACUUCCCUGGACCACUGCAAAAUCUGAAAGAGAAAGCACUCACUUCUUUUUUGUAGUUUUGUUUGUGCAUUUUGAAUUCACAACGGUUGUAUCCUUGAAGUUACUUUAAUGCUUUUUUCAUGGUACAUUGAACCACUGGGGGGUGGACUUUUUGGAUAUGAAUGUGUUUCUUCUUCUUUUCUUCUGUAGGAAUAAAAAUAAAAUGUAAAAAUUCUAUGUAUCUCACCCAAGUUUGGGUGGUUAUUAGUGGCCAUUAAAAUUCUAAAUUUCCUGAA